AGUGGUCAGCACUUCAUCCAUACACACAGAAAAGCGAGCAAACAAACAAGCGAACAGAUGCCUUCGCCUGUCAACGCCAACGACGCGCCGUCACUCAGUGUGGCGACGCUGCCGCGCAAAGCGGUGGUGAUGGGCUUCGGCACCAAACUCAUCAUCGGCCGCUACCCGCUGGACGACGCCGUCGCGCCUUCGCCGUACAACUCCGUCCUGGUAGACGACGGGCAACUCGUGCGGGCGGUGGAGUUCCUGCAGAUCCCGGACGGUCCGCUGUGUGUCGUCAGCGCCGGCGAUAGCAAGCUCAUCAACGUGUACAACGUGUCCUCGUGGAAGCAGAACAACCCUCUGGCCGCGGAGGCUUCGUCGGACGACGACGACAGAGGAAACAAGAACGGCAGCGAUGCCGCGGUGCACGUUAGCGAGGUGGACAUUCUCGACGGCGAGGCGCGCCGCGCCGCCGCGACGAAGGUGCCCUCCAGCGCGAAGGCCAACAAGGCGCUCACCACGGCGGAGUACUGGAAGCCGUCCUACCAGUACGGCCCGCACACAAAGCGCAUCACAUCACUCGCCACGUGCGCCGAGGGCAGCGUCAUCUUUGCGGACAAAUUCGGCGAGGUCUACCGCCUUCGCCUGAGCUGGUCGCCCUCGCACACCAUCGAGGUGGACGGCGACGCCGCGAAGCCCGCCACGUUUCUGCUGCAGCACUUCAGCAUCCUCUCCACGAUGUUCCUCACCAGCCCGAUCCCGCGCAUCGAAGCCGUCGCCGCCUCGGAGGACCGCAGCGGGGUGGCGUGCCGACGCCUCUUCACGUGCGACAAGGACCGCCACGCGCGUGUGAGUCGCUACCCGGAGACAUAUGUCAUCGACCAGUUUUUGUGGACCCGCACCUCGGUCCAGUCGGUUGUCACGUGCGUCGCGGAGGUCGUGUACAUGGAGGACGCGGCGGUGUACGACCCGAUGUACAACGUCACGGCAGAGCGGGUCAACAAGCACAACAAGGCCUUCAACGCACCUUUUUCCUACUACGUGACCGGCACCCACGCCGGCGACGUGCACUUCUGGGCAGCGAUGAACACGAUCCCGAUGGAGAGCAACAAGGAAUCCUUCCACCUCAUCAGCACUUUCCGCCCUCGCCUUGCCGGCGGCGCCUUAGAGGAGCUGGGGGCUGUUGUGGGUAUCACCGUCCUGACAAGCGGCACCGACCGCUUCGGCUACCCGCGGCACCCGCGUGACACCCCCCGCGGCGUGCUCGUCGCCUACGAGCGCUGCUGUGAUGUGUUCUUCAUCCCCCUUUACGACAACAUGGGCGCCUACGCCCUGCACCCCGCACUGGUGGCGGCCACCCGCACCACCUUGGAGGCGCUGCCCGUCGCGAUGGUGUCGAGCAACGACGCGACGGCUUUUGUGCUGAAGCGGGACGGCAGCGUGUCGUUUGUGUGUUUGUGCGACGUGCCGCCGCCGGCCACGGGCAGUCCAGCCAAGACGUGCAGCUUCAACGCGAACAUUCACGUGGAGUUGCGGGAGACGGACGUGAAAAUGCCGUACUUGGAGGAGCGUAUCAGAGCGGUCAUGGGCGGGCCUGCGUCUGCGUCGAGCGGGGCUUCGGGGGAGAAGCAAACAGCGCUGGAGGCGCUCGACCUGUCUGCGCCGUGGCGCUACGAGGCUGUUGACCCUCGGACACGCAAGCACGGGGAUGACAAGGAUGAUUCGAAGGAGAGCGAGUCCGACGAGGAAGGCGAGGCAAAGUCACAGGGCAAGAAGGGUAACGGCAACGCCAAGAAGAAGGCGCGCGUGGAUGCAUCGUAA